AUGAGCUCCGAAGCGAGGCUAUACACCUUUUCCCAGGAUACAAAGGACCACCUGCGGAAGUUCCGGCUCGGGACUUCGAGGUCCAACGAUGCCCAAGCCGUCAUUUACAUGAUCGAUAAAGCGACCAAGGAGAUCAAGCAAGACGAUGACAAGACCGUAUAUAAGAGCCUCGAAGAGAUUGGGGAGGACCUGCCGGACCACUCGCCCAGAUUCGUGCUCCUGAGCUACCCCAUGACCUUGCCCUCUGGACGGCAAUCGGUCCCCUACGUGCUGCUGUUCUACCUCCCCGUCACCUGCAACAGCGAGCUCCGCAUGCUCUACGCCGGCGCAAAGGAGCUGUUCCGGAACACGGCUGAGGUCAACAAGGUGAUAGACCUCAGCUCAGUCGACGAUUUGGAGGAGGUCCCCGAGAAGCUCGGUGCCGCUUAA